AUGGCGGAAGAAGAGGAAUACAGCAUUGCGACGCGUCCCGGAGAGGACGUGCAGAUGGAGGAGGAGCUCGAAGUAGUGGAGCCUGAAGAUGAUCUUAUCGAAAAGCCCCUCUCUCUGAGGGUAGACGCCAAAGAAGAAGCCUUUUAUCUACAAUACUACUCGGGCCACACGGGUCGAUUUGGCCAUGAGUUUUUGGAAUUCGACUUUCAGUUGCUGGACCAGGGUCGAUCUGCGCUGCUGCGAUACGCCAACAACUCGAACUACAAGAAUGACACUCUUAUCCGUCGAGAAGUGGCUGUUUCACCAGUGGUGGUCAAGGUGCUCAAGAAGAUGAUCAAAGAGUCGGAAAUCCUCAAGGAAAACGAUGCCAAGUGGCCGCCAAAGAACAGAGACGGUAAACAGGAGCUGGAAAUCAAAUUUGCCAACUACCACAUUGCAUUCGAGACUGGUCGAAUAGGAUCCUUGUCGGAUGUGCAGAGAUCGGACGACCCCGAAGGUCUGCGGACGUUCUACUAUCUGGUUCAGGAUAUCAAGGCCCUGGUGUUUUCUCUGGUGGGUCUGCAUUUCAAGAUUAAGCCAAUUUAG